CAGUAAAUAGAUAAGAGGACACGCCGUUCAUCCACAGGACUCAGCAGCGCGCGAGCUGGCAGGUGUGUCCGCGCGUGGAUCAGUGCGAUAAUACAGAGAUAAGAUUCUUCACCGGCAAAAAUUUAGGUCCAGAUCUACCCCAAUGAUAUAGACAGACCUGUCCUCUGGACGCAAUGACGGCAGGAGCUGGUGGACGCAGUGCGCUUUAAAAAAAAAAAAAAAGAAGAAGAAGAAGAGGAAAAAAGAACUUUCAGUGAAUUUAUUACCUGCAGUAACUGCCUCCUAUCACUGGAAGAAUGAGCACCUCCCCCAUCGGAUCUCGUGCCUCCAUCGACAUCUUGGAGGAGCUGCAGCUUAUUGCGGCCCAGAAUCUAGAGAAGCUGGACAUUAAUAAGUAUUAUGAGGUUAUUAGGGAGCUGGGCAAGGGCACUUAUGGCAAAGUGGAUCUGGUUGUCCACAAGAUCAGAGGCACUAAGAUGGCUCUGAAGUUCUUGCGGAAGAAAACCACUAAGCUAAAGAGCUUUCUGAGGGAGUACAGCAUCUCGCUCUACCUUUCACCGUGUCCAUAUAUCAUCAGCAUGUAUGGAAUUGCCUUUGAGACAGACGAGUAUUACAUCUUUGCUCAAGAGUAUGCAUUAGCUGGAGACCUCUUUGACAUCAUUCCCCCUCAGGUGGGGCUGCCAGAGAGUGUUGCGAAGCGAUGUGUACACCAGGUGGCCUUGGCACUGGACUACCUUCACUCUAAGAAGCUGGUACAUCGUGACAUCAAGCCUGAAAAUGUGCUCAUCUUCGACCGGGAGUGCCGUAAGGUCAAGCUGUCAGAUUUCGGCAUGACACGCCGAGCCGGUUCACCAGUAAAGCGUGUGAGCGGUACCAUCCCGUACACAGCACCUGAGCUGUGUGAGCCAGGCCGCCACGAUGGUUUCUGUGUGGACUACAGCACAGAUGUGUGGGCCUUUGGAGUGCUCCUAUUCUGCAUGCUCACAGGCAACUUUCCAUGGGAGAAGGCACUUCCAUGCGACGCCUUUUACGAGGAGUUUGCACGCUGGCAGCAGCAGCCAAGGAGGCGGGCGGGUGUAGUGCCAUCACAGUGGCGACGCUUUACCAGCGAGGCACUGCGUAUGUUCCGGCACCUCUUGGCCAUCGAGAAGGAGCAACGCUGCUCUGUCAGUGAGGUGCUCACCUUCUUCUGCCACUGCUGGAUGCUAGACACAGAAAACGGCAACACUGCUACCUCACCCAGUGGUGCGGUGCUCAAUGGGCACCUGGCUGAGCUCAGCUCUUCGUCCUCCGAGGAAGAUGAUCUGGUUGAGCGUCUGAAGCAGCAGAGCCUGUCACCUGUGUGUGCUGUGGCCAAAGCAGGCAUCAUCAUUGAGCCAGUGGCACAGCCCUAUUCCACCGUAUCUACCAUCAACUCGCCUUCCUCCAAUAACAGCUACGAGCGUGUCUCCCGUGACUCCAACGGUAAUGGAGGUCGCAUCCUUGUGACCACACCCAUUGAGAUCUGUGUGUAGUGAGGCUCUAGAAGGUUAAAAGACUAUACACGUACUGAAAACAAUGGGAACCAGUCAACGGUGAGGACUCAAAUCCUUAAACAAGGAGGAAAUGUCCGUAUCUCAUGCUGAGUGAAGAACACGGUGAAAACGUUGGACGGCGGCAGACUUGUCGAUUGUUCCUUAUGAUGAGUGUAUCUGAAGGAAUACAAGAAGUUGAAAACAGUCAAGUCACAUUGAUUGUGUAUUUCAGAAUUUCAACCAUGUUAAUUCACAUGUAAUCAGUCCACUUUUAGCAACAGUGCACACAUGGGGGAAAAACAUGAAAACAAACAGGUGCAAAAUUUCCUGUACCAUCAUACAGCAAUAUGUUAAAUGUUUUGCAAAAAUAAAAAUCAACGUGACAACCGUCCCAGUUGUAAUGUCUGAGACUAACUGCAAAAACACACAAUGUGAAAAUGUUCAUAAUGUGAUUUUUGGAAGUGGUACUUAUUUGUGCUUGAAUGUCUAUUUGGUUAGUGAGUAACUUCAAUAAAAAUGUAGGGGUUUUUUGCAUUGUUUAUUUUGGUCUUGAUAUUUUGCUAUUUAUUUUAUACUGUAGCAGUAUAGACUUAAUAAUGCCCAGUCGCCAUUAUGGUGUGUGUUGCAUUGUUAAAAAAAAAUCAAGUCCAUCUAAACCAAAAUGUUAAAAGAACUUCCCUGUUCUCUUCAUUUGAACAGUACAUGCAUGCCUUUUUCUGUGUUGUUUCUUAAUAUGGUGCAUUUUUGAGAGCUUCAAUGGGUCUCCUCACAGUGAGCGAGGCCUAGAUUGCUCGGAUGAUGUCACCAAUGUGAUCAUGGUGCAUACAGAUGCCUGUCACUAUUCUGAACACAGAGAAGGUCUGAUUUGUGCUUAAAAAAAAACUAAAAGGGUACAGAGCAUGCCAGUGAUUCCAAUGCAGCGAUACAGAAUCAUUUGUCCAUGCCUUGAGAAAGAGGACACUUCCGUAGGUGUGUACUUUCUAAGUGCAGAUGGACAAUUUGGAAGAAUUCUUCUGACUUGAACUGACUUGAACGUCUGACUGACGUGAUUUAAGAAUUUCUCAGGUAUAUAUGGCUAUACUGAGUAAUGUCUCACAAUAGCCGGGUUUAAGUCAUUGAAGGAAGGACAGUAUGAGUCGGUGCCACUGGGAUGUGUCACAGAGAAACCGACUGCAUUAAAUAAACAGACUCUGAACCUUAUUACAAUAUAUAUGGAACUUGAUUUGAUUGAGACUGUUAUCACUUGAUGUGUGUGAAUCAUUUGUUGCCAGAGCUAAAAAAAUAUUUGGAUGUUACAUUUGAUGCUUUGUUUCAACUCUCACUCAAAUUGAGGGUAAACUUUAAAAUAAUAAAUGAUCUAAACCAAAAACUUCUUCAUAUGGGGUUCUCAUUAAGAUCUAACCCCACACAUCUGCUCCGUCAUGAUUUUGACACAGAUUUUUAUGGCAUAGUUUUUAUUAUUUUCUUCAUGUAUUUGCGUGGAUUUUUUUUUUUUUUUAAAUACCAAUUUUGAUAAAUGCAUGGUAGCAGAAGUGUUUUAAAGAAAUCGCUCAGAAAUUGGAGAAAGGAAUGUCUGAUGUGGCAUCAUUGAAAAGGAUCUUUCUGAAAUUGCAUGGAUAUAAAACCUAUGUAAACGGGUCUUUUUUAUCUGUGCUACCUUUUAGAUUUGUGGAAUUAAAUGUGUCGUGAUAUUUUACAGUAGCACAAAUUUGCUUAAAUUGAUAUUUUAAUGGAAUUAAAAAUGACAAGGAGAACGAAAAACGUAACGUAGGGCUUCAUUUAUUCUCUCUGUGCUGUAGGCCUACAUGUGUUCUAAUGAGGAGGUUUAGAACAUUAGUGCAGUCUGUCAGACAACCUUUUCUUGGAUAUGUUGAACUUGUGAAUCCGUGAACACUUGUCAACAACUGAUGACAGAAAAGCAUUUUUUUUUUAAAAAAAGAAACAAUGAUCAGACAUUGUCAUUCACAAAGACAGUUUUUUUCAAAUUGACUUGUCUGUUAAUAUUUGCAUGCGUCAGUAUUGUUCUGGAGAGAUAAUGUUGAAAUAAAUACAUAUCCUUGAUGCGGAAGACUGAAGAACAA